CAAAAAUGUUCAAACGUGAUAUUUUUAUAAUUUCAAAUAAACUAAUAUAAAUUAAUCUAGUAAUAAUGUUGAUAUUUUGCGUAAAAAUAGCGCGUAGUUGCUUCAAAAAAACAGUUCAAUUGCCAAAAAGUGUUUGGCUAAGUUUGAUUGUAAUUUUUUUAAUUUAUUUAUGUUUUAUGAAUGUUUAUCUAAUUCGCAACACCCAUGAGAAAAAUGAGCUUGUUGAUUCCAUUGAUGAGUUAAGUUCCAGUACUAGUAAAGAUUCCCGUUCAAAUUGGCCAUUUCAAAUAUCUCAACAUUAUGAUCAUCAAUAUUUGCACAAAUGGACCGAACCGACCAAGAUAAUUAUAUCAAAUCCUUCGGGUCGCGGUGAAAAUGGAAGUGCAUUUGUUCCAACAAAAGACGAAGAAGAGCUAAUGAAAGAACUGAAACAAAAACAUAAUUACAAUGUAUUAGCAUCUGACAAAAUCUCAACACGACGCUCUUUACAAGACCAUCGUUUUCCUGAGUGUCGAAGCUUAGUUUACCCCGAAAAAUUACCAAAAGCAUCGGUAAUAAUUGUGAUUCACAAUGAAAUAUGGUCAACUCUAUUUCGAACCAUUUGGAGUAUCAUCGAUCGUUCACCGCGUGAACUUAUCGAAGAAAUAAUUUUGGUGGACGAUGCAAGCACUUGGCCGCAUCUUAAGCAAUCAUUAGACGAUUACAUUGUCACACUUCCCGUACGCAUGAAGGUUCUUCGAAUAAAAAAGCGAGAAGGAUUGAUAAGAGCUCGAUUAAUGGGCGCCAAAGAAGCAUUAGGGAAUGUUCUCAUUUUUCUUGACGCUCAUAUUGAGUGUACAGAAGGAUGGCUCCAACCAAUACUUUCACGCAUAGCUAGCGAUCGUUCAGUUGUAACCGUUCCACUUAUUGAUAGCAUCAGUUCAAACGAUAUGAGCCAUUAUGCAUCUGGAUUGUUUAUUCAUGGUCUUCGGUGGUAUUUAAUAUUUACAUGGAUGGAAGUUCCACAAAGGGAGAUCAUUCGAACGAAAAACAAUCAAACGUCACCGCUGCGUACACCGACCCACGUUGGCUGUGCGUUCGCUAUUGAUCGUGAAUUCUUUUUCGAAAUUGGUUCAUACGAUGAAGGAAUGGACAUAUGGGGGUCCGAAAAUGUCGAAUUGGCUUGGAGGACUUGGAUGUGCGGUGGAUCAAUGGAGAUAUUGCCUUGUUCUAGAAUUGGACAUUUAUUUAGAAUAUCAACUUAUUCGUUUGAUGGAAAUGAAUAUGAUAUAAAAACACGAAACAAUAACCGUUUAAUCGAAGUAUGGAUGGAUGAAUUCAAGGAUUAUAUUUAUGCUGCGUAUCCAUCAUCAAAAAAGGUUUCGCCCGGAGAUUUGACAGAACGAAAAAAUCUAAGAAAACGUUUAAAGUGUAAAAGUUUUCGAUGGUAUCUACAGAAUGUUUAUCCAGAAAGUGUUUGGCUCAAAGAGUAUACUAUGAUGGGAAAUAUAAAAAGUGUUGUUGAAAACAAAUGUUUGGAUUCAAAUGCGGGUCAAUUGAUUUAUCAAUGCCAUGGAUUGGGAGGCACGCAAUUUUUUGCACUCACUAAAUCUGGGCAGUUUGUAACAGUUGAGGAAAUGUGUGUUGGUGUUUCGAAAGAGAACAGAUCUGUUAUUUUAAUUCAAUGUGCCGAAGAAGAUAAGUCUCAAUUGUGGAACUAUAAUAAAGAGAUGCAAUGGAUUCGACACAAUGAAAGUGAACUCUGUAUGAAGAACAACCAAACGAGUGUUAUACUGGAAAAAUGCAGCACAACUGAUAUUCGAUUGAAAUGGGAAUACAAAACAAAUCUAUAAAAAAAAGUGAAGUCGAAUUGAUAAUAAAAUUAGAUCGUCAUAAAAGAAAUGUCAGCAAUUGAUUACGCUCGGUCAAUAAAUUGAUAAUGAUAAUUGAA